UUCCUAGAAUGAAUGGACAAUUUUCUCUUCUAAUUUAUUGCUGAGGUGUAUUAUUAAGAAGACUUAAACUCAGUGCACGAGAAAGUCUCCUCCUCCAUUUGGUCAGUGUUGAACUCCGCGUUCCCAUUCUCUCUCCUCCUCCUCAUCUCUCUAAAAUUAGGGUUUCUGUUGGUGGGGAGCCUGCCUCAUUCUUGCCUUGUUCUGCUGCACUAUGAGUUUUUAGGUAACGAUGAGAGGUUGACAUAAAGCUCAGCCAAGUUCGAACCCCUCUUAAACUUUCAAGAAGGGUUCAUAUUGAUCCUUCUCCUUUUUGCUCUUCGGCCAUGGAAGCUGGAGCCCAAUUCUUCGUACUUCAAAUCAUCCUCUGCUUUAUUCUAAUCAGAAGAUGCCAUAGCUCUCAACUCGAUGUUCAAUGUUUGAGAACAUUACAACAAUCAAUUAAAGACCCAGAUAACACCCUAAAAUACACAUGGAAUUUUGACAACAGCACCGAAGGGUUCAUAUGCAGGUUCAGCGGUAUAGAGUGUUGGCAUCCCGAUGAAAACAAAGUCCUAAACAUUAGGCUUUCCAACAUGAACCUUCAAGGCCAUUUCCCCUCAGGUCUCGAAAAUUGCACGAGCUUAACGGGUCUCGAUCUCUCUAAUAACAAGUUCUCGGGUCCAAUACCUGAUGAUAUCUCUAAAAGGAUACCUUUUGUGACAUCACUCGACCUCUCAUUCAAUAGCUUCUCGGGCAGCAUACCGAUGAAUUUGUCAAAUUGUUCUUAUCUCAACAUUCUUGAUCUUCAAAGUAACCAACUUACAGGGAUGAUUCCUUGGCAAUUGUCUAGUCUAAGUCGAUUGAAUAAUUUCAAUGUGGCAGAUAAUUUGUUGUCAGGCCCGAUACCCGAAUUCAAAAAUAAUUCAUUUCCGGCGGCGAAUUUUGCGAAUAAUCCAGGUCUAUGUGGGAAGCCUUUGGAUGAAUGUCGAGCUCCAAGUAAGAGCAAUACAGGGGUUGUCAUAGGUUCAGCUGUUGGUAGUGCUGUGGCCAUGAUUCUAGUUGUGGGAGUUAUUGUCUUCUUUUGCCUUCGCAAUAUUUCGGUCAAGAAGAAAAAGAAAGAGGAGGAAGAAAACAAGUGGGCAAAGAACUUAAAGGGUCUCAAAGGCGUCAAGGUUUCCAUGUUCGAGAAGUCUAUUUCAAAGAUGAAACUGAAUGAUCUCAUGGCAGCAACCAACGAUUUCAAUAAAGAGAACAUCAUCGGAACUGGGAGAACUGGAACAAUGUACAAGGCAUCACUUCCCGAUAGAACUUUCCUUGCUAUCAAGAGGCUUCAAGAUUCACAGCAUUCUGAGACCCAAUUUGUAGCUGAGAUGGCAACUUUGGGAAGCGUAAGGCAUCGAAACUUGGUUCCUUUAUUGGGUUUUUGUGUUGCCAAGAAAGAGAAGCUUUUGGUGUACAAACACAUGCCCAGAGGAACUCUCUAUGAUUCACUUCACCCUCAAGAAGCAGAAGAAAAAAAAUUGGAAUGGCCAAUUAGACUAAAGAUCAGCAUCGGUGCAGCAAAAGGUCUAGCUUGGCUUCAUCACAAUUGCAACCCUCGAAUUCUCCAUCGCAACAUUAGUUCAAAGUGCAUUCUGUUGGAUGAUGACUAUGAUCCUAAAAUAUCUGAUUUUGGGCUUGCAAGACUCAUGAAUCCUAUAGAUACUCAUCUGAGUACCUUCGUUAAUGGUGAAUUUGGUGAUUUGGGUUAUGUUGCACCUGAAUAUGCUCGAACUUUAGUGGCCACACCAAAAGGCGAUGUUUAUAGCUUUGGUGUUGUUCUUCUUGAAUUGGUCACAGGCGAAAGACCAACUCACGUGUCGAAUGCUCCGGAGAAUUUUAAAGGGAGUUUGGUCGAGUGGAUCAAUUAUCUUUCAAAUACUUCACUUAUUCAAAACGCUGUUGAUGUGUCCUUGAUUGGUCAUGGGUAUGAUAGUGAACUUCUUCAAGUUAUGAAAGUUGCUUCUUCUUGUGUUCUUUCAACCCCAAAGGAGAGGCCGACAAUGUUUGAAGUGUAUCAGCUUUUGAGGGCUAUUGGAGAGAGAUACCAUUUUACUGCUGAUGAUGAUAUUUUGUUGCAACCUCAAAGCUCAGGUGCUGAUUUCAUGGAUGAACUUAUUGUGGCGCAAUGAGCAAAAUUAUGAAGGCUGGUUGCUGGUGAAACGUGUACAUGGGGAGUAAUUUUGUUGCAGUGUACGUUAUCCUGGUAAGAUGAGCUUAUCUAUAGGAUGUUGUAUUUUAUCUUCAAUUUGAACGACCGAUUGUAUAUGUUAUAUGUUAUCCGUAUGAUCUCGAGGAAUGGUAGAAGUUUGUGUUCAAUAUAUUCUGAAUUUUUUGAA